AUGGGCCUUGGGGAUAACCUGUCCGCUCUGCAGCGACCAGUCGCCCAGUUCAAAGGUGCUGUAUUCCUCAGUCAUAGCGAAUUGGUUCUUGCGUCCUUGUCAACUCUAUGGAUGUGUAUGUACAGACGAUGGACAAGGUACAAGUCCGUCUACCCCGCUACAAGUAUCGUCCUGAACCCUGCAGAAAGGCCCUUGUUGGCGGCUACAGCGCCCAGAGCAGGGCUCGCCUGUGCAGGUUUCUCCGUUGUCCCGCCCAGUAACCUUUGCCGGUCUUCAUGUAUUUAUGAGUUGGCCUUCGUCAACGUGGAUGUAGGUGUUGACGUCCAACUGAUUAGUUAA